AGUAGUUUUUUCAGACUAUUUGGAUUGUGAACAUAUACAGCUCCUCAGAAUCUUAGAAAAACAAGAUCCCAGUGUAAGAGAGGAUUGUUAAAGUGACUAGCAAUUGGCAAGAAGGGUAUCUGAUUCUGUAAGAAAGAACUGCUUACGCAGCAAGAUGGAAACAGGGAGACACUCCUCUUUGGAUCUGAGGGUUUUCCUACAAGGUGACUUUGGAGUUCCUACAAGACUUUGGAGUGCUUAAAUAGAGUUGUUGGUUGCAUGGCAGUAGACGCAUGGCAUGAACAGUGCCUGAGAAGGAAAAGUAGUCGCAGUGGGGGCUAUGUCCAGCCUCACAAACUUGCACGCAGGCUGCGGUAGGACAGCGUUUGUGAUUGUCAUACCUGUUUCCAAUGACGCUUAUUGCUGCCGUGUCUGUGAGCCUCACAAGUCUGAAUGAAUUCACUCUCACCACUGCCAGCCCUUCAGCAAGUAUUUCACAGAUAGAGGAACUGAGGCAUCUCCACCUAUUCAUUUCACUGACUGACUCCUUUCUGUAUUGUGAAACAGAGGAAACAGAAGCUCCCUCACUGCCUGCGGCGAAAGCAAAGUGCACCUGGGUUUGGGACACUUGAGUCCUUCCCUGGAGGAACCUGUCACCAGUGGUACUGUGUCCAGCAGACUUCUCAGGAGAGUAAAAAAGGAAACUGAGUUUGAAAACUGAGGCUGGCUCCAUGUAUCCAGAAUCCACUACUGACUCCCCCGCCAGACUCUCGCUAAGACAGACGGGCUCUCCCGGGAUGAUUUACAGUGCUCGGUACGGGAGUCCCAAACGACAGCUGCAGUUCUACAGAAACCUUGGCAAGUCGGGGUUGCGAGUGUCGUGCCUGGGCUUAGGAACAUGGGUAACGUUUGGAGGACAGAUUACAGAUGAGAUGGCAGAACAGCUGAUGACCUUAGCCUAUGACAAUGGCAUUAACCUGUUUGAUACAGCAGAAGUCUAUGCUGCUGGGAAGGCUGAAGUUGUGCUAGGAAAUAUAAUUAAGAAGAAAGGAUGGAGGCGGUCCAGCCUGGUCAUAACCACCAAGAUCUUCUGGGGAGGAAAAGCAGAGACAGAGAGGGGGCUGUCCCGAAAACACAUCAUAGAAGGUCUGAAGGCUUCAUUAGAGCGGCUGCAGUUGGAGUAUGUGGAUGUGGUGUUUGCAAACAGACCGGAUCCCAACACCCCAAUGGAAGAGACAGUGAGAGCCAUGACCCACGUUAUCAACCAGGGGAUGGCCAUGUACUGGGGAACAUCGCGCUGGAGCUCUAUGGAAAUCAUGGAAGCCUACUCAGUGGCACGGCAAUUCAACCUCAUCCCACCAAUCUGUGAGCAGGCUGAGUACCACAUGUUCCAGCGAGAGAAGGUGGAGGUGCAGCUUCCUGAGCUCUUUCACAAGAUAGGAGUCGGUGCCAUGACUUGGUCCCCACUGGCCUGCGGAAUCGUGUCUGGGAAAUAUGAUGGCGGCAUCCCCCCCUACUCCAGGGCUUCCCUGAAGGGAUAUCAGUGGCUGAAAGACAAGAUCCUGAGUGAAGAGGGCAGGAGGCAGCAAGCCAAGCUGAAGGAGCUGCAGGCCAUUGCAGAACGGCUGGGCUGCACCCUGCCCCAGCUCGCCAUCGCCUGGUGUCUGAGAAAUGAAGGAGUCAGCUCAGUGUUGCUAGGCGCUUCCAAUGCAGACCAGUUAAUGGAGAAUAUUGGAGCAAUACAGGUUCUUCCAAAAUUGUCCUCUUCCAUUAUACACGAGAUUGAUAGUAUUUUGGGCAAUAAACCAUACAGCAAAAAGGACUACCGAUCCUAAUUGUUCGUACUGUCUGCCUGGACUCACUGUUAACUUCGAGUCUCCUGUUCGCUUGCUUAAGCUUUAUUGAAGCAAAGUGAAGAGUAUGGUUUGCAUCAAAGAGUCCAUCAUGUCAAGAUGUUCUAGAGAAAUCGUUUAAAAUAUCGCUGCAAGACAACAUAUGCUUCUUACAUAACAUUUAUUUUGAAUGCAAGAAAAGUCACAGAUUGGGAAGAGUGUGAAAGCCAUCAUUUCCCCCCCACCCCCCCCUGCCCCCCAGAUGAUUAGCCUCUGCGCUUCCUUUUUCAAAGAAGAGACCACCUCAAACAUGCGCAGCACCACUGUUCUCCAUGAAUUCAGGCUCCCAUGCAGUUUGCUUGAAUAUUCCAACUUAGCCUAUGUACUGCUUAACUGGAAGAAUUAUUAUGAAAAGAAAAAGGUGAUGCUGGCUUCACAGGGAUCUGGCUAAUGUGAGCUUGGAGGACUAGUCUGUGAUAACACCUAGGCAGGUUAGAAACCAUUGUUUUGGACUAGUGCAUGCAUCUCCUGACUGUUCCUGUAAUUUCAUGUACUUUGUUUUGUUUUUUUUAUUUUCUCUUAUUCAAUGUGAACCAUCCAGGCCACUGACAGCAGCUGUGAAUGCCUUUAAUCUGCAAGCCAGUCGCCUCCCCACCCCUUUGGGUUGCGCAGUUUGGCAGGGUACAUUGUAUUUAUUUCCAGUGCCUAAUGUUGCCCUUUUGCAAUGCUGUUGAUGUUCACAGUGGAUCUGGCACAAGCCUGGAGCCCACUCAGUUCCAUUCAGUGGGCUUUUUUGCUUUGCCAUGUCCUAUAGUCUAUAUUCAGCCCAAGCUUCUGUUGGUGUCAGUUGGCUUCACUGGGAGCAUCCCUGAGGAUGGACCGGAUGAUGCGGCUGUUCUGGAAUGGCAGUGGUGCACUGACUCUGAAGGCACUGACCUGAGAGUCGCUCUGACUGGCAGAAAAAAAGCACAAAAUGGGAGGUGGUAACUUAGCAUAAUGAAACCUGAAAGAGAUCCAUGUUAUGUAUUUCAUGCAUUUUUAUGUUUUUUACAUUUCAGAUUAGUUCUUAGUGCUCGCUGUAGUUCAGAAUCCAGUCCUUUUGGUAAUCUUUGUCCAAGAUGCAUUCAGCUUUAGUUUUAGCUGCCUGAUUUUCAUAGCUGCCUAGAAUUUGUUAUGAUAAAGUUGAAAGAGCUUGUCUUGCCUCAGUCAAGCAUUGGAGCAGACAGGAGUUUAUCUUGUGUGUGUUUAGAGGACAGUUGUCAAGCAUCAUUGCCAGCUGUACACAAAAAGUGGAACUGAGCAAUUGAAAUCCAGCAGCAAGAGGUGUAUUGCUGAGAAUCAUUUGUCUUUGUACACACACAUUCUUGUUGCGAAUGCCCAACAUGUUGGCAGCCACAGCACGAGACCAACUUCCCCUAACAUUCAGCCUGAGUCUGUGUGUACAUCCUUCACUCAUCCCCUCCUUGCACCGGUAACAAUGAGGGAAGUGUUGAUUUUAGCAGCUUAUUCCUUCUUCCCAGAUGAAGUACUUGGGUAGACUGCUGACUUCCCCAUUCUCUUCUAAAGAUUAGCCUCAUCACAGAAAGAGCAUGAGCACAGCAAGAAAUUGGGCAAGUCAUUAGAAUGCUCUGAUCACUGGUAACUACUGCUGGAAUUUGGGAUGAUGACAGUCAACAAGCACGUGGCAUGUUUAUGCAGUUCCUGUCCCACACUCUUGUGUUGUGCCGCUGGGACUGCUGCCACAUUCCACUCCAGAGGGGACUGCAUUUCAUUGCUGUUUAGAGCAAUCCCUUUGGGAUGCUUCUGCUCCUUAGGUGCUGUCAAAUAAAGUGGUUCACAGCAGGGGACUUGAUGUCACAGCCACAGAUGUUUACAGUACGCUGCACAAAGCUGUGGAUUUGUGGUUUCUGCUACAAGAUUUCAUUUCCUUGUAACCACUGUACCCUAGGAAAAAAGUGAAUACUUCUUGGGAGCAUAGAAAUGUAUCUGAUAUGCAGCCUGCCCUCUGUCCAAGGGCACAAAAUUAUUCAAGCACUUAAGGCUAAGAGAAGCAUAUCUAAUGUGAAUCUUUCAUAAAAAGGCAGAUCAAUACCAAUGAAUAAGGAUAAAGCAGCUGUGCUGGGAAAUGCAUUUUUUUCCUGGCAGCAGUCACUUUUUGAACUGUUCUGAAUAUGAUCUUCUGUAUUUUUACAAAUGCUCAUGACCCCAGCUUCACAGGCGUUGGGGUCCCUUCUGGUGCUCCAGGUACAGCUCAAUCCUUAGUACACCCCACAACCCUAGACAGCUUCCCUGCAGUGGCUGCAGUGUUUGUCCUCAUCUGCUGCCCUCCAGCUCCAUUCACUCAACUUCAAUCACUAAUACGUCCACUCAGGUUAGGAGCCAGGGGGCUGAUCCAUGCUGAGUAGCACUGAGAGUGGAUAAGCAUCUUCCAGACCAGCUACAGCUAGCUGUUCCUUACAUUAUACAAUGAAAAUUCAGUCUACAAUGAAAAUGAGCAAAUAAAUUGUUCUCUCUUAGGAACAACAACCUACUCCUGGCAUGGGGAAUGUGGAUAUCUCCUCAUGCAUGGCAGUGGCUCUGGGCUUGUCCCAGAAGCUGUCAGAGAAGGCUAGGACCUUCCAUGUCCCUGUGAGUUUGGGUUUUGAGUUAUGUCCAAGAGGUAAAUCCUGGCCUCUUCCAUGAACAUGAGGCCCAGUUGCUUUUCUUUGCUGCUUCACCGGAGUGGCCGCACGUCAAUUUUCAGACCAGCAGAGUAGGUAACAAGAAAAGGCAGAUGGUUUCCAUGAGAGUAAGUAUUGUUAUUUGCCAUCUUCUUUUCCAGUCUGCUCGCCCUUUCAGAGUAGACUAGCCCUGUGCCUUGGGUGACCAUCUCACAAACCCAUAAGGAGAAUAUCCAUAGCUAAUGUCAUGGUCCCAGAGGAGCUGUGCUGAACCAGUGGGUGAAAAUGUGCCUAGGUGCAGACUUGUUGAGCCAGAGCAACCCCUUGGGGACCCACAUGGCCUCUGCCUUGUGUGUCGCAGGCAUUUUUUCUUAAUGGUGUAAGUGCGUGACAGUAAAGCUGUCUCUGUGCCCAUCAGCCAUCCUUAGGCUAAACCCGUCUGUGCACUGUGCUCUUGUCAGACCUUUGACAGUGCUGGUUUUCAGUCUCUGAGCGUAAGAGACUGCCCAAAAGUGAUGCUGUCCCAGGGGCUGUCUUAGCAGUGCUGCACCCAUCCAUUUAACAGGUUGGAGAACAACAUAGGUGGGGAACCAGCACUAGGAUCCAGCACGUUCUGUAGCCAGCCCUUGUCUCUACAAACCUCACUUCAGCAUUGAGUGACCUUUCCCAUCCAAACCCCUGUGCCCUGCACUGGGGCAUCUACUUUUUGCUUCCUUGUGUUUGCUGUCGGACAAGUUCCACUUCGUCCAGGAAGCAAGAGCCUAGAGGGGGAUGGCGCUCCCCCAGCUCUCCUUGCACUGGAGGUUCUGUGCUUUCAUCUCCGUGCUGGGGGCCCUGCUGCCUGCCCUGACAAUGUCACUGCCUCUGGCCUCUGAAGAACAGGGGUGGUUAUCCCCCUGUCCUACAUUAAAUCCAUGUAUGUAAAUAAAAUGCUUACUUUUUUAUCUGUAUCUGUAGAGAUUGAGAGAGAGACUGUGAUUAUCAAGCUAACUGCAAAACCUAUAGACCAAGAUUGCUGAAUGCAUUGUACUUCUGAAUGAAGAUUCAGAUGUUCCCCAGCUCCUGUAUUUAAGGAAUGACAAUUAAAUUACGAGCCUUAUUUGUCUGGAUGGGCAUUUUCUUGCCUGCUUUGCCUCUGAACAUUUUGCUCCCGGAAGCCAACAACCCACCAAGGGCGAGUGACACCUUAGCGUCACAGUAGCGGGGUCUUCCUGCAGGAGCAUCUGUGCACAUGAACCCCCUCCCUGUCCACCACCCACUG